UAGAAGACUCACCUGGGAACAGAAUAUCACUCUCCACUCCUGACACCAUGACCCACACCUGUCAGCCAUGCUGCUGCAAGACCACCUGCUGCAGGACCACCAGCAGCUCUGAAUCCAGCCCUGAAUCCAGCUGCCCUGUGUUCAUCUGCUGUGCCCCGAGUUGCUGCAGCACACCCUGCUGUUGCAAGUCUAUCUGUUGCCACAGCACCAAGACUGUCAACAGCUGUUCCCAGCUGUGCUGUCCACCAACCUGCUGUGACACUGCCUCCUGUGACAGCAACUGUUGCAAGCCAACCUGUGUGACCAUCUGCUGCAGCACACCUUGCUGCCAGCCCAGUUGCUGCAUGCCCACCUGCUGCCAGCCUACCCUCUUCCAGCUCUGCUGCCAACCAACUUGCUGUGAAACCAGCUGCUGCAAGACCACCACCUUUAAACCCUCCUGUGUGAUCAUUGGCUGCAGCACACCCUGCUGCCAGCCCUGCUGUGUGUGCCCACCUGACGCUGAUGACCAGCUCCCAAAGGAACACCUGCAAAGCCAUGCUCCAGCAAGAGCUGCCAUGCCCUGUGUGCACAAAGCCACCUCUUAACCUUUGCCUGGCCAACCUCAUGUUCUCACCAGGGAGACCUGACAAAUGUAGUCUUUCUUAAGAGAUGAACUGCCUUGAGAAAGAUGGAGUUCCUCACCCUCACCCUUUCAUCUCCAGAGAUUGUGGAUCUUGUACCAUCUUCACAUGUGACUGGCAUGAAGAUCUGGUAUCAGCUUAAGUUCUGAGGCAGGAUCUUUACAUCUCUUACCAAAUAACUUAUAAAAACACUUUUCCCCAAGAAUAACUUUAUUUAACCCAUUACCUUCUCAACUGUAUUUUCUUCUGCUUCUGAAUUACCCAAGAUUUUUGUGUGCCAUUUUUUUUUCUUUUUGCUCACUAAUGUCUUGUACCUAGAAGCAAAUAAUUUUAAUAAACUC